GGGGGUGGGGGUGUUGAAUUGAAAGCAUGUGACAUUGAGAUCCCUCUCCGGAUUGGCCUAAUAUCGUCACAUGCUGGAGUCUAAAAUUUCGCCUUCACACAAUAACCAACAGACACACAAAAAAAAGUUAACAUCACAUCCCCUUGACCCUCCAAUCACCUCGGGGUUCAGUGUUCAUUGUGUGAUUUGAUUGGAAGGCGGCAAAGGCUUUAAUCUUAAAGUAAUUCGGUGUUUGAAGUGUUGACGGCCAGAUUGUGUGUUGCAUGUUGUGUUGUGUGUAGCUAAGCGGUCGUGCUGCUUGUCUGAUGAGCGCCGUGCAGGAUUUGGGCAGGGUCUUCAGUACCAAUUACAGCGAGUGAAAUCAGCAAUAACAGCAGCAGGGGAAAUAGUAAUAGCAAACCUUUCUACCACACCGUACCUCCCUCAGACCCUUCGAGACAAGCUAAUCGUCUUCCAAUCAAGGUUUUGAAAAUGCUUACGGCUCGCACCGGACACAUUUUACAUCCCGAAUACUUGCAGCCUUUGCCAUCUACGCCCGUAAGUCCCAUCGAGCUCGAUGCGAAGAAGAGUCCUUUGGCACUUUUGGCUCAGACGUGUUCACAGAUUGGCAAGCCGGACCCCCCUCCAUCUUCAAAGCUAACUUCUGUUACUUCAAAUGGUACAAGUGACAAAGAUUCCGGAAAACCUACUCCGUUGAAACUUAGCGACAUUGGUGUAGAAGACAAGUCGAGUUUUAAACCAUAUUCCAAACACGCAGAGAAGAAGGAUUCCAGUUCCUCCGGCACUUCCAGUGUUUCUGGGGAAAAGUCUGGUUUCCGUGUGCCUAGCGCCACCUGCCAACCAUUCACACCAAGGACAGGCAGUCCAAAUUCCAGCACUUCUUCACCGAUGCCAUCCGAGGGCAAAGGCAAUGACAGUCAGGAAAAGAAAGAAAUGGACACCGUAAAAAACAGCUCCACAGAUAAUUCCACGACCACUAGCGUUAGCCACAACCGGAUUAGUGUCAGUUGUGCUGGGAUAAAUGUGGAAGUGAACCAGCACCAGGAGACUUCAGUGUCAAAACCCAUUAUUUCGGAAACUUCAGCUCUAAGUUCUGGACUUGUUGCCCCUGUUUCGCCGUAUAAGCCCGGACAAACUGUCUUUCCUUUGCCUCCAGCUAGCAUGACCUACCCAGGCACUCUGGGAGCGUACGCCAGCUAUCCGCAUCAGUUUGUGCCACAUGGCGUCAGCUUGGAUCAUGCGAAAUCCAGCCUGGUCGGAGCGGCACAGCUGGCAAGUUCUUUGGGUUGUGGCCUCUCCAGUAAAUCCACCGGUUCCAGCCCAUUAGCCGGUGCCUCUCCACCCUCAAUGAUGACGGCCAGUCUUUGCAGAGAUCCUUACUGUCUAAGUUAUCACUGCGCUGCUCACCUUGCCGGGGCAGCAAACAAUUCUUGCACCCAUGAUCCUACAACUUUGAAGUCUGGAUACCCUCUGGUUUACCCCUCACAUCCACUACAUGCCGUUCACACGUCUAUGUCCAGCAACGCCGGGACGCCAACCCUAGCGGGACACCAUUUGUACCCAUAUGGCUUCAUGCUACCUAACGAUCCCCAGCCUCACGUCUGUAAUUGGGUCUCCGCCAAUGGACCAUGCGACAAGCGAUUUUGCACCUCGGAGGAACUGCUCAACCACUUGCGGACGCACACUGCUUUCUCCGGGACUGAUAAGCUUAUGGCCGGCUACCAAAAUUCCUCUCUGGGCAGCGCGGCGGCGGCAGCAGCUGCAGCUGCCGUGGCGUGUCAUAUGCACCUCCCACCGACAGGGGCGCCUGGAAGCCCUGGUGGUCUCACAUUAAGGAGCCCCCACGCUUUAGGACUGAGCAGCAGGUACCACCCGUAUACCAAGAGUCCCCUGCCGACCCAUGGCGCUCCAGGGCCAGUUACCACUCUACCAGUGCCGGCAACAGGACACUAUUACUCUCCAUACGCACUCUACAGCCAGAGGUUAACCACAGCUUCAGCACUGGGCUAUCAGUGAGCUCACAUAUUCGAAGCUGCAAUAUGCAUUGCGAUGAAGGCUUAUAUGGGUCCAAUUUCAAAACCGUCAGGAUUUUUAAAAAAUGUUGACCUAAUUUCCUUCCGUUAAAAUUAUACAAUCUGAUUUUUAACGUCAUGAAAGCAGACAUCUAUCCAGAAAAGUGAACCGAUUAAUGUAUACGAAAAAAACCCAUUGAAUUGUUUUGAAAAUUAAUAAAUGUAAAUAGUUUUUCGUUGAAAGUUUUGAAAUGCAAUCCAGGUAGUCUCUCACAAAGCAGAUUGCAGUAUAAUGGACCUUUGAUGGUGUUCAUCAAUGGACGGGUUCCGUGAACGCUGUAUUUAUUUAUGUUAGCUUCAAGCGGGGAAAAAAAAUAACAAAGUGCAUUACUUAACAAAAAAGCCGAUAGGUAACGUGGAACAGUGUAGAAAAAUAGGGAUUUUCCGGAAUUUCUUUUCAAUUGCUAUGAUUGUAUUGUACGUUCUUAUUUAAUGUCUCUUGGAAAAAAUUUACAUGCAUGUUUGUUACUAAAUUCCAACUUGUCAUUAUAAUUUCAAAUUGCAAUUAUUUUUAAGGUGUACCAUGGAAAGAGAAUUGGUAUUUUUUGUAUGUAUUCUGGAAAUAAGAAGCAGUGCUAUUCAAAAAUAUGACCGUCUUAUUUUGUUAUUAAAUGAAUUCUUGAUUACCAAUUGUAACUUCCGUUCGCCUUAUAUAGGUUUUCAAGUGCAGUUUUACUACUUUAAAAGAUUAUUCGAGAUUUUUUUUCCCUAGGAAGUGAAGUAUUGCGAACUAGGGAUACUUUUGAGGAGGGAAAUUUUUAAGUUUCUGAUACUUAGGAUUUUUUUUGAAAUCCUAAUCAUUUUCCUACAACUGUUAACCUCUUAGAAUGCAUGUUCCACAACUAGAAACUUAGAGGUCAAUUAACAGUUUUAAUUGAAAGUAUUUCUCUCUGAGAAAUUGCAAACUUAUUACAUGCGCCUCUACCAAAGCGGCACAAAUUAUUCGACUACUGUAUACAAACUAAUUACUGUGUAGUUUAAGGUCUUGAAAUACAAAUAGGCCUGUUUUUACAGUUUAGUUUGAAAAAAAUAACAUUGUAGAUUUAUUAAUGCUGAAUACAUUUUUGUUAUAACACCAAGUCAUCAUUCAAACAUCGUUCCUGCUGGUUGGAUGAAAACCAGUGCCCGAAAGAGCUCAACCACCGUAGUAAAGUUCCAUCACUUUUCAUAAUAGUUGUAAACAUUUCUCGCCUUGUCGGCCCUUGGUAUCUGAAUUAAAUUUUCAGUAAUCUGACGCAGGAGACGUUCAAAAUUAUACACACAGAUUCUAUGUUAAUGGUGGAUUGAUGCUUUCAAAUUUCGGGAAUCAGUCCAGUUAGCGGCAAGCAACCUCCGUUAAAUCAUCUUUCUUUGAACUCAAUCCUUUUAGAGAGAGAUUCUUACUCUGCUCUAAUAUGUUUGCUUCAUUCGAAUUCAGUAUAUUUGAACAUAUGGAAUCCACAGUUUGGCAUUUUUUUUCUAAAUCAGCGUUUACAAAUUUACCAACAGUAAACAAACGUAAAUUGCACAUAAGGUUUCCAGGUAAAAAUAACUACAUAUUAAAUAAAUCAUAAGUUGCUGUUAGCUUUAUUAAAAUAAGGUGAAUGUAAACGAUACUAUGAAAAGUUAAAGUCGUGUAAUUCCAAGAAAUGUACGUAAAAGGGUAAAUGAAGUGACAUACACUAGAAAUUACACUCUUACUGGAUUAACAUGGACUCAGACCUCCUAUAAUAAAUCUUUCUUUUAAAAACGUU